CGAAUGGCAUUUCAGCUGGAGCAGAAGAAGAAGAUAAAUAACAAAAAUUGAAAACAUAAAUAAAGCGCUAAAUCCGUUCAAUUAAGCUACGAAAUGCCCACUUUAAUAGCGCUGGAUGCAUCGCUAUCGAUGCUGCGUCCCGUUCCGGGAAGGAAUGAGCACACCUACCAGUCGCUGGCCACCAAGGGCAUCCAGCAUCUGCUGGACAAUCUCACGGCGGCCGGCAAAAUGGAGCACGUUGCUCUGCUUUCCUACUCCACAACGGCGGAACUGAAGGUGGACUUCACCCGGGACUACGACCAGGUGCGGCAGGCGGUCAAGAAGGUGGAGCCCGUGGACAAGGCCUGCCUGAUGAGCAUGCUCAAGGCGGUGGUGUCCAUAAUGUCGCCGUGGGGCAACCAGAACAUCCUGCAGGUGGUGGUCCUCACGGACUGCGGCCUCGGCUUUGGCAACACCUCGAUCACGGGCUUCCUGGAGGCCUACACCGGCAAGGAGACGGAGCCGGAGUUCAGCUUCCUGAAGACCCUGGCCAACUACAACCUGAACUUCAUCUGCCUGGGCCUGCACGGCGAUCACUACUUCACCAGGGGACUGGCGGUGUACCAGCAGCUGCUGGACACAGUCUCCCUGAAGGGCCAGCUCUUCAUGACAAAGCCCGCCAAGAGCAGCGAUGCAGUCGAGGGAAACCCCAAUCCCAACCCGAACCCCAGCCACAAAAGCGAAUUGGGUCGCACUACGGUCUUCGAACUAAUUGAACGUCUCUGCGAAGCCAGCUACAAGAGUUCCGAGGUGACUCUAAAGUGCGGCAGUUACUUCCGCAUGGAGGCACCUGUUUUGCUCUGGCCGCCGACGGCUCCAUACGAGCAAAAGUCCCACAUCUUCGGCCGAGAACCCACCAUUCGCCACACAGACCAAAAGAUUGAGGUGUGUGGCUUUCUGGCCCUUUCGGACAUUGGAUCACCGGCCACCCUGAGUCGUCACUGGGUGCUUCCUAAAGUGGAGCGGGAAAAGAGCGGCGGCAGCCGAAGAUCCGGCAAUCUGGUUGCAGCGGCCAAGCCACCGAAACUCAACCUGGAUACCAGCAAUCCCAACUACGAGCUGGAUAAGCUGGAAGUUGAUAUUAAAGAGUUUUACGCCAAGGAUUCAAAAGAAACGGAAGAAAGUGGUGACGACGAUGUGACCAUUGUUUUGAAACCUGGCCCACAGACAGAGCAGCAAAAAGAAAACCUGUGCGUCCUCCUUCACGGUGCCCUCAAAAUGGAGAACAUGGCCGCUCUGGUUAGGGUGGGGGAUAGGUGGUACGGAUUCAUAUAUGCAUUCACCGACAGCAAGAAGAAAUCAAACCUGAUGCUUAACAUACUUCCACCCGGCACGAAUGUGAUUCCCUGGCUGGGAGAUCUGGAGUUGCUCGGAUUCCCCGAGGACCUAGCCCCCGGAGAAACAGCCAGUUUUCCGGUGCGUGCCGACCGCAGAUCCUAUUCCCAGAGCAGUGUGGUGUGGAUACGACAGGCCAGCCUGCAGUCCGAUGUCCAGAAGGUACUGCGGCACGCCAAGAAGAUGCCCGACAAGACGCAGCAUUUCUACAAGGAGCUCAAUCGGAUCCGCCGGGCUGCCUUGGCGCUGGGAUUCGUGGAGCUGCUCGAGGCACUGGCCAUGCUGCUGGAAAAGGAGUGCGCCCAUCUCAGCCUGAAUGGAGCCAGCAACGAGUGCACCCUGCAGCUGCAGCACGCGUCCACGGAGCUGCGGAAGACCUCGAACAGAGAUAUCAAGUCCACGAUUAUUCCGCUGCAGAAAGUGGGUGCAUCGGAUGCAGGCAGCACGGCUGCCACGGCUCCUGCUCCUGCAUACAUGUAUUAAAACACUUUUUACGACCUAA